AUGUCCUCAAAGAAACCGAUCAGUGAAUGUAAACAGAACACUAUUUUCAAUUAUAUUAGGAAAGAAGAACGAAGCCCAAUUCACGAGGAUAAGAUAAAAAGCAAUGAACCAACUGGAAAAAUAGAUAAGAAAUCAACAUUUGUAUGGAAGUCCAAAUCAUCAACACCAAAUUUCAAUCCUCCAUUCAAGACCAACAAAGAUAGGAUUGUCGAAAAUCAUCCAUUAAUAUCGGCUGAUGCUGAAGUACAUGCUCCUGUUGGUAGAACAGAUAGUAUACAAUAUGGAACCACUAAAGAAAAUAAGAAACAAAGUGAAGAUAUUGCUAAUCCUAUGGACACUGAUGAAUAUUGUGGUGCCUUCAAUCAACACAGCCCAUCUUUAUCACAGUCUUAUACAAAGAGUGAGAUGAAUGCCUCACCUUCACCCAUAAAAAAAGAAGAACGAAGAAAAACCUUAAAACCUCAAGGAGUUAGCCCUAAAAAUGAUAAGGAUCCAUUGAGGAAUUUAAAAUUAGACAACUCUUUAAAUCAAUUUCUUUUAAAUAUAGCUGAUCAUCCUGUAUUACAAAGAAAUUAUGCAGACAAGGUAGACCUAACCCAAAAUGACUUAGAAGAUUGUAAAGCAAUGUAUAUAGAAAUAUUAGAGAAAAUUAGUGAAGCCUUUAAUAGAAUACCAAAUUGUAUCAAAGAGAAGUUUCCAGGAUAUGACAGUAAAACAUAUUCAAAAAUGAAUUAUUUAAAAGCUAAGUUGAAAUCUGCUAUGCAACAGAUAUCUAAGCAAUGCCUACAAGCAACUGCAGAUACACUUAAUACAAGUAGGGAAACUACAGAAAGAGAAAGUCCUUCAUUACUAUUAAAUAACAAUGAGGAUAGCCUUGAAGAUUUUGAUUUUUCUAAUAAAGUAAACAAUGAAAACAUAGACAAAAUACUUAUGCACAAUCCUGAAACAUCAACACCAGAAAUGCAGUUGUUCAAUAAAGUAGCACCAACUAAAACUAUAUACUCAGACCUGAUUCCCAAAAAGUCCCUUUCAUUUGAUAUGUUUUCUCCAAGUUCUACUAAAAGUUGUAAUACUAGUAUUAGUUCUGACAUAGAAACUUCAAAUACAUCACAUAUGCAUACUAAAAAGGGAAAAUUUGUCUUUAAAAGACCAUCGCGAGCUGCCGAUGGUUCUGCUAAAAAUAUUCCAACUAGAGAUGUGCCUUCAAGUACUUUUGAAAGAAUGAAGUUGGCUUCAGAGAGAUUGCAGCCAUUAGAAACAGAAGAACCACCAAAAUGUGCACCUGUACCUAACAGUUCUGUCGCCUUUCAGCCACCACAAUUGAGCAAAAGUGCCUUAAAGAAUAUGGGUAAACCUUGUACUGUUGUAACACCAAUAGUCAAAGACAGUCAGAGUGAAACUGAUUAUGAGGAUGGUGAUGAUUAUGAGGUUCCUAUUGAUGUUGAUGAUAUAACGGAUAUAAUACCAGAAGAUUCUAGAACAAGUGUGAUUAAUAUUAGCGAUUCUCUUAGCAAUAGUAAUGUACAAGGUGUCACUAAACAUGUUGUGAUUGACGGCGAUGGCUGGCCAGAGUAUCGACCGGAAGAUUUUGAAGAUGCUAUGGAAGAAACCAAUGAUAUAAGCAAGGAGGAGAUCAAUUUGAUGGAACAAAGCGUCGCCGUUCCUAAGUAUCAGGGGAUGGGAGAUUUUUGUGCGGGUACAAAGAACGACGGGAUUACAGGUGAAUUCGACGGUUUAAAUUAUCCACAUUCAAGUUUGAUGAUGGAGAUGUUCAAAGAAAAGUUUGGUCUGAAAUCAUUUAGACCGAAUCAGCUUCAAGUGAUUAAUGCCACGCUCCUAGGCCAUGACUGUUUUGUACUGAUGCCAACGGGUGGUGGUAAAUCAUUAUGUUAUCAGCUUCCGGCAAUACUGACGCCUGGAGUUACAAUAGUUAUUUCUCCAUUGAAGUCCCUCAUCGUUGAUCAAGUCAACAAACUAUUGUCUCUAGAUAUCCCCGCUGCACAUUUAUCUGGAGACAUAUCGCUGGCGGAUGUGGAAGAGGUAUAUCAUAAGCUUUCUUUACGUGAGCCGGCCAUUAAAUUAUUAUAUGUAACUCCUGAGAAAAUUAGCGGGUCACCCAAAUUCCAGAGUAUGUUAGAUAUGCUCUAUUCUAGAGGAAAAGUAGCUAGGUUCGUUAUAGAUGAAGCUCAUUGCGUGUCGCAAUGGGGCCACGACUUUCGUCCUGACUACAAGCGCUUGUACAUGCUCCGCGAGCGCUUCCCGAACACCACCAUCAUGGCUCUUACUGCCACGGCUACCCCGCGCGUGCGCAUGGAUAUAUUGCACCAGCUGAAGGUAACGAAUUGUAAGUGGUUCCUAUGCAGUUUUAACCGGCCGAACCUCGCUUAUAGGAUAUUGGAAAAGAAACCUAAGAGCAUCAAUCAAGAAAUAGCCAAAAUUAUAAAGGAGAAGUUUUUCAGGGCUUCGGGAAUAGUGUAUUGUCUCUCUCGAAAGGAAUGUGAGACCCUGAGCACGGACCUGCGCAAAGUGGGCAUUCAGGCAGCCGCCUACCACGCAGGUCUCACUGACAAGAAACGCGAAGCGGUGCAAGCGGGAUGGGUCGCUGACAAAUUUAAAGUGAUUUGCGCAACAAUAGCCUUCGGAAUGGGCAUAGAUAAAGCGGAUGUUCGGUACGUGAUCCAUCACAGCAUGCCCAAGUCCGUCGAAGGAUAUUACCAGGAGGCUGGACGCGCAGGUCGUGAUGGUGAAGUGGCGACGUGUUUGCUGUAUUACUCCUACGGGGAUGUAGUCAGAUAUAGACGGCUUCUCGAUAUGGAACGUAACACAACACCAGAAGCGAAGCGUGUUCACAUAGAGAAUCUACUCCGAAUGGUAGAAGUCUGCGAGAGCGUGUCUGAAUGUAGACGCGCACAAGUACUCACAUAUCUAGGGGAGAGGUUCUCCAGGGAGUUGUGCAAGUUGGAUAAGAAGACCGCGUGCGAUAAUUGUCUCAAUGAGCAUGAAUAUAAGCCAGUGGACGUGACGGAGGAGUGCAAGUUAGUGGCGCGAGCGAUUCGCGACGCGGGCCGCUCCAGUUUCACUCUCUUACACAUAGCAGAUGCCUUGCGCGGUUCCAUGCAACAGCGGCUAUCUGGUCUCAGGGAGAGUCCCAUACAUUCACGGUGUAAAAGCUGGCCACGUGGUGACCCGCAGCGGCUUCUACGACAAAUGGUGGUCAGAGGUCUGCUAGCUGAACAUCUCGUUGUUAACAACGACAUCGCUAGUGCAUACAUUACACUUGGACCCAAUAUACAAAAAUUGAUGUCUGGAAACCUUCGUGUGGUGUUCCCUAUGAAGGUGGAGAAGAAGGGAACACUGGUGACCACAGUGGCUCCCACGGACAACAACGAAACCCCCAUCACGGCACUUAUCAAACGGAUUGAGGAACGAUGCUAUGCUGAUCUUGUCGAGGCUUGCAGGGAAAUGGCAGCUGCCCGAGGAGCAUCCCUCUCUGCAGUACUACCGCAAGCUGCGUUGAAAGCGAUGUCCACUCGCUUACCGGAAAGUGCGACAGAUAUGCUGACGUUACCUCAUGUCACAAGAGCCAAUUUCGACAAAUAUGGCCAGGAUCUGUUGAAAAUUACUUCCGCUUAUGCUGUUGAAAAAAUGGGUCUUCUGAUGCAAUAUCAGGAUGAGUUGGAACAAGAAAAGAAACAGGAAGACAAAGAAUUUCAAGACGAUUCGGGGUCUGAGACGGACUGGGGGAGUCUCGCGUCUGCAGCGACGACGUCCACUAGCCAGAGAGGCAGAAAGACUUAUAGAGGGGGAGUUAGGAAGAAGUACAAGCGAAAGAAGACUCCAUCAUCAGCUAAAAAGAAGGCCUAUCGUGGUGCGCUGGCCGCCCGUCGUGGGCGUGGCGCUACAACUGCUAAAAGAUCUCCAGCUAAACCUGGAACGUCAUCUGGCAGUAAAUUAGGAAGUAUGCCCGUGCCGAAAACCACCUCAGCAGUUCCAAACACAAGACCUGGCGUCUUUACCUCUUCCAAGUUUAAAUUUUAA